AUGGCAGACUGGUCUCAACUUCCGAGAGAGCUUCUUGAUCUCAUAUCCAAACACCUCAACUCCGAGACCGAUCUUGUCCGUUUCCGAUCUGUUUGCACCUCCUGGCGAUCCUCCAUACAACUCUUCACUUCCCGUUUUCCGAUUCUCCCAAAAACCGGAAUCUCCGAUUCCACCUGGGGUUUCUGCCUCUCCAAACGGACUAUCUUCCGUGUCGAGUUAGCUGAUCCCGAUUCUGAUUCUCAACAAACCCACGUUCCAUGGCUAAUCAAGAUCGAAAGAGACAAACCCCCAAAAACUCAUCUCAUGAAUCCGUUAACUGGAUCCGAUUUCAUCCCCCUCUUGCCUAAUUUCCCUAGAUCCCUUGAUUUGUUGAAUUUCAGGGUUACGGAAUUAGGACAAGAGUAUGUCUUAAAGUACAUUAAUUAUCGUCCUCAUGCGAAUUCAAUUGGGGAUUCCGUAACCCUUUAUAUGGAGAAGGUUGCGUUCUGUAGGUCGGGGGUUAAUGGGUUCAUGUUAUUGACGAUUCACACUAGUGGAAGAUUGGCUCUGUUGAAAAUCGGAGAGAAGAAAUGGAACAUAAUCAACGAUCUGCCAUCGCCUUACGACGACGUGAUAUUCUAUAAAGGGGAGUUCUACGCUGUGGAUAUCACCGGCAGGACUGUUGUUCUGGUUAUGGAUUCAGAGACGAGACUGAAGGUCAUAGCGAAUUCUGUGUUCGGCGGGGAUAAGAAGUUUCUGUUGGAAUCCAUGGGGGAAUUGUUCAUGGUUGAUAAGUUUUUGAGCGUUGGACCUGACAAUGAUUUCGAUUAUGAUGAUGAGAACGAGUUUUAUGAAGAUUUCGAUUGUUUCAUGAGUGAAAGAACUGUGAAACUUGAGGUGUACAAGUUGGAUCACGAAGAACAGAGGUGGAUCGAGGUGAAAAGUUUGGGUGAUCGAAUGCUGUUUAUAGGCGAUAAUUGUGGGUUUUCAGCUUCUGCUUCGGAUUUCCCUGGAUGCAAAGCUCUUUUGGCCUCCCCCUCCAUGGCUUUACUCGAAUCCGGUGGCUUUAGAAGAUGGAUUGAAUCAUCUUAACAUCUAAUUGGAUUCGAGGAAGUCGAAAAAUUAAAGUGUACAUAUGCUCUUCAUGGUUUCGUGAGCAUCUAAAUUUCGACUAAUGAAGAGAAAUUUUAAUGUUUGCCCUUUUUUUUUUUUACAAUAAUUCGUUGUUUUUGGUUUAUGUUGCUGCUUGUUCGUUAUGGUAUUACAUUGCUUUUGGGUGUAUGUUUUUGGUUCAAGAAAAUCAAUUAUUUGUUGUGUUUCUGAACUUGUUUUUUUCUGCAUUAUUGGGUAGAAUUUGGGUUUUGUGAAUAGGGGGAUGAUUUGGGCACGUAAUGAUAACUUCGAGUGUGUGGAAUUGAUUCAAUUGCACCAAACCCCUUCUUCCUAUGGUUGUACUGAAAAGAUUUUUUUGGAUGAAUUCACUGUGAAAAAGUGACCUGAUGCUCAACUUGAUGUUAAUUGUUGAGGAUAGUUAGAAAUAUUAAUUUAACAGAAAAUGAAGGGGAUAGAGUAAUAUAAUUGAUAACAGGGGUUCCAUGGUGAAGGAGACAAACGUUGUGAUUAUUUGAUUAUGCGAUGAGGCUACAAGGGCUUUUUAGUAAAUACCGCCUCUUUAAUUUAGUUUCACAGUUUUGGAGGACACUAGAAUUCUACAAAAUUGUCUCAUUUGAAUUAUUGGGUAUCUUAUCUUGUUUUUGUUCCAGGUGGAUCGUCCUACUUUAAAGACAAGUGGCAUUGACAACGUGAGAUUAGAUAACUUGGGGUAUGAUGAUCUUGGAUAGUAUUUUUGAUAUGUGAUAUGCUAUUCAAACUUCAAUAGAUAUUUAAAAGUGAACUCUUUUUUUUCAUAAUUUUUUCGAUGAGAAGAUCAGAGAAAAUAAAGGCUCAAAGACUACAUGCACCUUGUAUUGAUGACAUUAUUACACAAUAUUAUUC